GGCCAGGCUGGGGUUCAGAUCGGCACAAGCUGCUGGGAGCUCUUCUGCCUCGAGCACGCCAUUCAACCAGACGGCCGGCUGCCGGAGGAUAACACGACCCUUCGGCCAGAGCAUUCCUUCUCCACCUUCUUCAGUGAUACAGGAAACGGCAAGUUUGUGCCUCGUGGCCUUUUCAUCGACCUCGAGCCAAGUGUGGUCGACGAGUUCCGGACCGGUGCCUAUCGCAGCCUCUUCCAUCCCGACCAACUGAUCACUGGCAAGGAGGAUGCGGCGAACAACUACGCUCGAGGCCACUAUACUGUGGGUCGUGAGAUCAUCGACUUGGUCAUGGACCGUAUCACCAAGCUGGCCGAGAAUUGCGAGGGACUGCAGGGCUUUCUGAUCUUUCACUCUUUCGGCGGAGGAACUGGAUCCGGCUUCACCUCCCUCCUCAUGGACAGACUGGCCAGGGACUUCGCCAAGCGCUCAAAGUUGGAAUUCUCAAUCUACCCGGCGCCGCAGAUCUCUACAGCCAUUGUGGAGCCCUACAAUGCAGUAAUGACGACGCAUUCAACCAUGGCACUGUCUCAAUGCUCCUUCAUGAUGGACAAUGAAGCAAUCUAUGAGCUCUGUUGCAAAAAACUAGGCAUUGACAGGCCGGUUUACUCGAACCUGAACCAACUGGUAGCACAGGUAGUCAGCUCCAUCACAGCCUCUCUCCGCUUCGGCGGCUCCCUCAAUGUGGACCUCAACGAGUUCCAAACAAACUUGGUUCCCUUUCCCAGAAUCCAUUUCCCGCUCACCACGUACGCACCGAUCAUCUCAGAGGACAAGGCGAUGCAUGAAUCGCUUUCAGUGAACGAGUUAACCAGCUCCUGUUUCACCAACGAUCAUCAGAUGGUGAAAUGCGACCCCAACAUGGGCAAAUACAUGUCCUGCUGCCUAUUGUUCCGCGGCGAUGUGGUGCCGAAAGAUGUGACCUCAUCUAUCGUCAAGAUCAAAGCAAAGCAACACAUUCAAUUCGUUGACUGGUGCCCAACCGGCUUCAAAGUUGGCAUCAAUCACCAGCCCCCGACAGCGGUUAAGGGCUCUCACUUUGCCAAGGUGCAGAGGGCCGUCUGUAUGCUGAGCAACACGACAGCGAUCAAGGACGCCUGGGUCCGUCUCGACCACAAGUUCGACCUUCUCUACUCCAAACGAGCAUUCGUCCAUUGGUACGUAGGGGAGGGCAUGGAGGAGGCGGAGUUCCAGGAGGCUAGAGAUAAUCUCUUCAUGCUGGAGAAGGACUACGAGGAGAUAGCCAGUGACACCAAUGCCCAAGAGGAGGCCGAUGACAACGAGUUCUAG